CACCACAUCACCCCGGAGCACCUGUCCACUCUCGCUCGCUCCGCACACUUCGACUUUCACCACCUCUUCGUCCGCCGUCGCUCUCAGCCGCCGUCAGAGCGUAAAGCGCCGCUGCGCAGCAUCUGAACGCGCAGCACCUCCACCUGCGCCUCAAGUAAGCACCGCAUAGCACAGGCGCUCGACCGUCACGCCUGGGCACCGCCCGCACGUCAAAGCGGGGCGUCUCGCGCCGCCAAUUCCUGCUGCUGCGCCGCAGCUUGCACUCAGCCGCGCCGCGUCCAUGCCUGCCGGGCGCACGUCGUCCCUGGCGCAGCGCCUCGGCGCCGUCGAGGAGCGUGUGCGCCCACGCGAGGCGGCCGACGAGCACGCUGCGGCAGAUGUGAGCGGCAGCGCAUCGACGAGUCGGCAGCCGCAGGAUUCAGCCUCGCCUGCCCGCGCGUCCGGACUCGCUGGAGAAGACCGAGCCACGUCUGCCAGCGCGCCCGCCAGUCCUGCCGCCGCCACUGAGCCGAGCCGCGAGCACGCGACAGAAGUAGACGCCACGCCGAGCCAGGGCAGCUCCUCAGCUGCAGGACAGUCGACGGCCGGCGCAUCCUCUUCUGAACAGCCCUCGGCGAGCAGCAGCUCCUUCGUGCUCCCGAGGCCUGCGCGCGGUCCUCGUGCUGAGGCUGCGCAACAGGACGCCGACACGUCCGAGGCCGCGAACGAGCGUCAGGCAGAAGGUGGAGCGGAGGCGAGUGGCAGUGCCGCACAGGUAUCACCCGCACCAAUGCCAGCAGACGGCGCAGCUGCACCUCCUGGAGCGCCGGAUGCAGCGUCCAGCUCUAGCAGCGCAGCAGGAGCCGCGCCUCAGCCCGUGCAGCCGGCGGCUCCAGCAUCGCCGGUCGCACCGCCUCAGCCAGCAUCCGCUCCUGCCGCGCCAGCAGCUGCCGCAAAUCCACCGCGACCAGCGCCACGCAAUCCGCUGGCGGCGAUGAUCGAUGCCUUUCUGCAGGGCUUUCGUGCCGCUGCGGCAGGGCCAAACGCUCAGCAGGGGCCGCCUGCGCCCGCAGCAAACGAGGCAGCAGCAGCGCCGCCAGCUGCUCAAGCUGAAGCGCCAGCAGAAGCACAGGCGGACGCGCCAGCUGCCGCGCCCAGAGAGGCGUCUCAGAGCGGUGCGGCCGCGGCUCCGGGCGAUGGCCCCGAUGCUCAGGCUGGUGCAGCCACUGGCGAUGCGGCGCCAGCGAACGAAGCAGGCGCGAAUGCACAAGCAUGGGACGAGUCAGCGCUCGUCUUCCGCCUUCCCAUGGUCGACCAGCAGGGCCGUCCGGCCUUCCUCGCCUUCAUGCCUGGCCCGCUGCCCACCAACCCGCCGAUGACGGCGCAACAGCAGCAGCAGCAACGCGACGAGCAGCCGCCGAACGAUCCGCAGCGCUAUGUGCCGAGAAUGCCGAUUUUCGUGCCUUUUGGCUCCUCGCCUCUGCCGUUCGCCUUCAUCUUCGACGCGCCGACGAACACAGCCUGGCCCAUCUUGCCGCUCGCAGGGCCGCCAGCUCUUGAUCCCGAGGGCAACGAGGCCGGCCGCUUCAUCUCCGGCCCUCCUUUCCGCAUUCAGCUCGAUCUACACUUCUCUGGCCCGGCGGCACCGCCUGCGCCCGAUCCGGAGCUUGCCACGAAGUUCGUCGCCUCGCUCGAGCGCGCGGACGCUGAGCUGCGCCGCCGCAUGGCGCGCCUCGAGAUCGGCGACAUCGGCACCGGCGGCGUCGGCUGCGCCAUCUGUCUCGAGGAGUACGAGCUCGACGACCGCCCGGCGUGGUUCGCCGGCGACGAGGAGACGCGCAACCUCGAGUGCGUCGUCGUGCCGUGCAAGGGCCAUCACACGCUGCAUGCUGCCUGCCUGCACGAUUGGCUCGCACCUCGACCUCCCGAGCAGUGGGCCUGCCCCUUCUGUCGCUCAGCGCUGGCGCCGAAGAAGAGCGCCGACGGUGCUGCAGACCAGCUGCCGUCACCCGCGGCGCCCGGCCUCGAGCUGCUCCGCGACGAGAUCCGCAAGCGCGAGCGUGCCCAGGGCUGGCGCUGCGACACGCCGGCCUGCCUGCCGCGCUAUCCCGACGAGCGUGACGCAAACGAGGCGCGCGAGGACGACGAUCGGCUACUCAAGCUCAAGCCCUGCGCGCAUGAGCACCACCUCGAGUGCCUGUGCACGAGCAUGAAGCUCGAGCAGGCCAUCUCAUCGGACGACGAGGAAGACGACGCCGAAGACGACACCGACGACGCCACGGCAGACGACCAUAUGGCAGACGCCGCGGAUAGCGAGCACGCGGCCGAGGAGGCAGCCGUCGGCUCAUCGUCGCACACCCGCACGCUCUCGCUCGACCCCUCCGCCGGCCGCGACGUCGUCGGCAAGUGGGUCGUCUGCCCUGCGUGCCGCAUCGAGGCCUGGGCUACGCUGCCGGCACGCAGCGCCAAGAGCAGCGGCCGCGUGCGCCGCGCCGUGCUCCGCCAGCAGGCUGCCGACCAGACGCAGGCCUGAGUUACCCCACAUCACACACACGCUGUACUUCUAGGCACUAUUCUCAUUCUCCGUACACCACGUGUCGGAUAGCGUCCAUCUCGCCGUCCUCGAGCUGCGCACGCCUACCUCCGAACGGCGAAACGCGCGGCCCGAGGUUGAUACGCUGCUCGCUCACUCAGGCCCUUCUUCUAGCGCACACCGAGCUUCUCGGCGCAGUCUCACUGUUCCGCCGCCUGCGAGCUUCAAGGCGUAUCUGAGCCUGGACCCAGCGAGGGACGGGCGACCCGGCGCAGCGGACA